CAUGUCAGUUAAAGGAAAUUUGGACACUGCAACAGUAGGGGGGUCGACCGUCCGACGUUGGUCUUUCAAGAAAACAAAUUUUGACGCUAGUAUUCAAUUCGAAAUUGCUACAAAAAUUUUCACACGCUAACUGGCGUCGCAGACUCGCAGCUUGCCGACGCUGCUACCAUUUCAGUCUCUCUUCACUCUUUGCCUCGGGUUCUCUCUCGCGGGCCUUAUCAUGGCGUUUCUAUCCCAGCGAUGUCCAGGGCUUCUCGCGCGCUUCAACACAACCAGGUACCAGUCGCUCCACCUCUCUUCAGCAAAUUCGUUAUUUCCAUUUCCGUUUUCAACCUUAGAUAUUCCAUCAAACACCUUGGACGACCAGUCACCACGGAAUCACAUCAAGAACGAAACCGAUCUCGACGAACGCUUCGUUCUCGAGCAACUCUCUGACCUCUUGCCAAUCCCUCGUAACUCUUCCGCUCCGAACCUAUUAAGAGACUGUAAUCCAAGAAAACAAGCAGCACAAGUUAGGGCAGUUGAUGGGUUUCUGUUGCCAGAAGAGAAAUUACGAGGGGUUUUCCUUCAGAAACUGAGGGGUAAAGCUGCAAUUGAGCACGCUUUGACAAACGUUGGGGUUGAAUUGAGCCUUGAUGUUGUUGCUAAAGUAGUGAACAGAGGGAACUUAGGUGGUGAAGCAAUGGUUAUCUUUUUCAAUUGGGCGGUUAAGCAGCCGGCGAUACCUAGGGACAUUAGUAGUUACCGUGUGAUUAUGAAAGCGCUAGGGAGAAGAAAAUUCUUGAAAUUUAUGAUGGAAAUGUUGCGUGAGAUGAGGACCGAAGGCAUUAGCCUUGAUUUGGAGACGCUAUCGAUUGUGUUGGACAGCUUUGUUAGGGCUCAUCACAUGUCAAAAGCAGUAGGAAUUUUCGGGAAUCUAGAAGAGUUUGGAUUGAAAUGUGACACCGAGUCUUUGAAUGUGCUUUUAAAAUGUCUCUGUCUGCGAUCCCAUGUUGCUGCUGCAAAUUCAUUUUUCAAUUCAAUUAAAGGGAAGAUACCAUUUGAUAGUAUGACGUAUAAUAUCAUUGUCGGUGGGUGGUCGAAAUUUGGUAGUAUUAGCGGAAUUGAGAGUUUGUUGGAAGCAAUGUUAGCAGAUGGGUUUAGUCCGGAUUGCUUGACUUUCAGUUAUCUUAUACAGGGUUUAGGAAGGGCUGGUCGGAUUGAUGAUGCUGUUCAGGUUUUUGAGGGCAUGAGAGAGAAAGGUUGUGUGCCAAACGCUGGAGCUUACAAUGCAAUGAUAUCUAACUUUAUAUCUGUUGGAAACUUUGAUGAAUCUGUGAAAUACUAUAAGAUGAUGUUGAGUAAUAAAUGUGAUCCAGAUAUUUUUACUUAUACCAAAUUAAUUGCUGCUUUCCUUAAGGCCCGCAAAGUGGCGGAUGCACUUGAAAUGUUUGAUGAGAUGUUAGGGCGUGGGAUUGUUCCCAGUACAGGGACUAUAACCUCUUUCAUCGAACCUUUAUGCAGCUAUGGUCCGCCCCAUGCUGCCAUGAUGAUUUACAAUAGAGCAAGAAAAGUUGGAUGUAGAAUAUCACUUAGUGCUUAUAAGCUAUUGCUUAUGCGGCUUUCUAGGUUUGGUAAAUGUGGAAUGUUGUUAAAUGUUUGGGAUGAUAUGCAAGAAUCUGGUUAUUAUUCAGAUAUGGAAGUUUAUGAAUAUGUCAUCAACGGACUUUGCAACAUAGGGCAUCUUGAAAAUGCUGUACUUGUUAUGGAGGAGUGCUUGCGUAAAGGUUUUUGCCCAGGCAGACUUAUAUAUAGCAAACUAAAUAACAAACUAUUGGCUUCAGAUAAAGUAGAGAGGGCUUACAAGCUAUAUUUGAAGAUAAAAGAUGCUCGUCGUGAUGACAAUGCCAGGAGAUAUUGGCAUGCUAAUGGCUGGCACUUUUAAACUGGCACGUUUGUCGGCAGCAAGUGCAGUUUGUUUAUCCCCUGCUUUGCUUUUCUUGCAGCUGGUUCCAUGGAUGCUAUGUGAAAUAAUUCUUCUAAUAAGUGUGUCCUGUGAUUGGACUAUAUGAGACAUGCUUGCCAGCUUUAGCUUCAAAAUGACUAAAAUCCAACUUGUCAAUCCGCUCUAUAGAUACAUGCAUGAAGGCUGUGAAGGGCCUCAUCAGCUGGACAUUCACCAUAUUGUCAUCCAAAGGAAUUAUGCUUGUGUAUUCCUUGCCUACCUCUUUGUUCUUUUGUUGUUCACAAUGGCCUUCUAUCUCUGCUUUAUAAAUGGAACGCUAGGUACCAUUUUCCUUUUAUUCAUUCUUUUCAGUGCUUGCCUUGUCAAAUCAUAUUAUGGGACUCGUAUUGAGAAAGAGUCUGUUGUAAUUAUACCUGCAUUUGGCGUGCAACUGGAAGCUCAAUACUGGAGUGGGAGAGUUGUUCGUAGCUUUAUUCCUAUUGACAAAAUACUGAAACCUGUCCUGAAUGAGAAUGUGACUCCAUUCACUUGUUACUGGAGCCUGGCUUUGCUUGUCCGUGGCAAAAAAGAACUUAUGUUAGCAUUCAAGGCAGUACAACCACCGGUGAAACUGUUGGUUCCCAUCUGGAAGGCUUUGUGUGCUGCCACUUAUAGCGGAGAAACUACAGAAUUUCCUGCAAAAGUUGAUGAAUAACAUCAUGCAUGUUUAUUGGUUGAGAAGCUGUUCUGUGGCUGUUCAAAUAUAAAAAGAGCACAUGCUCUCUGAUCUCUACCUUACUGGAGAUGGAAGGCUGUCGUGACAGUCGUGUGAUUCCAGGGGCGGGAUGGCAAACCCAUUAUUAGUCAGAUAAACUGAAGUGAGUAAUGAGGGUUUUCGGUUGGCAAUUGUCAUUAUCCUCUAACAACAUGCUUAGGCCUCUUGGUUGCUGAGGAUCCUUUGUCUGUCUAAACAUUUCUCUGAUAUCUUAUAAUAAUUUUUUAAAAAACAAUUCUUAUAUCGAUAAAACCACAAUUAUUAUCAUGAA